AUGGCAAGAAAUGGAGUCAAUAAGACGCUAUUGAUCUCAUCACUUUCUUUCUUGAAGAAUCUUUGCAUUCUCAUAACUAUCCCACUCUUGUUUCUCUCUAACGUUCUCCACACCAGUGACGUGUUCAACAAGAAGUUCAAGUCCCAUCUUCACGAUCAGGAGGAGCUUGAAGGUCAAGAGGCCAAAACCAACUUAGAUGAAGAGGAAGAAGGUCUGAUAGAGGUUUCUCUGGUGAGAGAAGCAAAGGAAAUGAAGUUUGACAGCAUCAAGAAACGAUGGAUUAGCAAAGAAGAGUAUUACGAGGAGAUGACGAUCAUGGAGAUUUGGGAAGAAAUUGAAGCAGAAGAUAACCUGAUUGAGAUUGAUAUCUCCAUCGGAUCCAUUGUAUGA